CAAGUAGUUGGUGACAUGUACCUAGGGGAUUAUGGGAAAGGUCCUCUCCACGAAGGGAAACUAGAAGGUUGCUUCUAUUGUUCCUCUCGUGGAAAGGACCUGGAAGUGACAGCACGAGAAGGCAGAAGGGAAGGGGCAGAAACAGGCCAGCAGCAGCAGCCGGGGGAGAGAGGGAUAGACUGCAGGAACAAGUGUGAUAGUCCCAGUGAGAUGUCCACACAUAUAGUGCCCACAGAGACCCACAACCGGGCAACAUGAAGGUAGCAGCAGAAGAGGCCCAGCCCAAGAAGCUGGAGGAGAAGGCACUGAGAAUGGCAGAGGAAACUCCCCCAGGCACAGAACACCAAGAAACAUCUGACAUACCAAUACAACAAGGUGGCCAUGACACUCCAGGAACAUCUUCCUCCUGUCUCUUACCAUCUCACACUGUUGAAGCGCCACUGCGUAAAUCACAGUCUGUGCUGCAGAUUGACCGCCAGCAGAUCCAGGCUGUGGAAGUGGCAAACCAAGCUCUGGAACUGCAGGGCUUGGGAUUGGCAGUAUACGAUCAGGAGGUGUUGGAACGCGGAGUCCUCGAGCAAGUGGAUAAUGCCAUUAAUGAGGCCAGUCGGGCUGCACGUGUUGCGGAAGCUGAAAAGGAACAGCAAGAGCUCUUGGAUGAGUUACGUUCAUGUGUCACUUCCCUAAGACAAAUCAACAAAAUUAUAGAUCAACUUGCUCCGCAAGCUGCAACCUGCAAAGAGAUUGACCGGAAACUGGACUCUGUAAAGCGGCAGAAACAUAACAAAGAGCAGCAACUGAAGAAACUUCAAGCUAAACAGAGACGCCUGAGAGCAGUAUUGGGCGAUAACCAGGAGGAAAUGGAUAUUGAUGAGGAGCAGUUGGGUGAUCUUGAAGAUGAUGCGAUGCCCACAUCUUUGGGUAGUAUGCUGAUGCCAUCCCAAGAAAGUGAAUGGGAAGAUCUCAUCCGCACAGGACAAAUGACCCCAUUUGGCACAAAGAUCCCCCCAAAACAAGAUCGUAAACCAAGAAAGCUGAUGUUAAAUGAUUCCUCAGAUUUUGAGAAGUAUCUUAAUGAUCAAGCACAAAUGGCAGCACAGCGGAAGCGGAAGUUCACUCCCAAAAAAGCUAAAAAGAAACCAGAAGUUCAGAAGGAAGCUAAAGAUGUACCAAACGAACAUCAAAUUGCCACCGUCCCAUCUGCUAAGAAUAAGUUGAAAAAGAGAAUGAGAAAAUUACAGAACAAAGCUUUCCAGAAUCAUUCCAGGGUAGGAGUCCCGCGUAAAAAAUAUGAUGCAAUUGCUGAACAAGACAGUCAAGCAAACGAUGAUAGUGACGGCUCUACUUACACACCUGAAGAAAGAGAACAGAAUAUGGAAGAAGAGGAUGAAGAAUGUGUGCUUGACAGCCCAGGAUCUGACUAUGAGUUAAAACCACUUCCCCGGAAAUCACUUAAAAAAAGGGCCCAGCAUCAGGAUCUGGACCCAGAGUUUCUCCCAAGCUCUGAUGAAGAUGAUGGAGAGUUACCCCACUCAGCAAAAGAUAAACGGUGCAGAGAUGAUGGAGACGUCAAAUUGUUUAAACAAAGGUUACGACUAUGGCAAAAGCAGCGACUUAAAGAGAAACAUCAGCGUAUAUUAGCUGAGGAGUCAGAGGACAGUGAUGUAGAGUUUGAUGAGGGGUUCCACGUUCCUGGAUCUUUGUGGAAAAAGCUGUACAAGUACCAGCAGACAGGUGUUCGGUGGUUGUGGGAACUGCAUUGCCAACAGGCAGGAGGCAUUCUGGGAGAUGAGAUGGGACUGGGCAAAACCAUCCAGAUAAUUGCCUUCCUGGCAGGCCUAAGCUACAGCCGAAUAAGGACACGAGGUUCUGAUUACAGGUACGAAGGACUGGGUCCCAGUAUCAUUGUAUGUCCAGCCACUGUAAUGUACCAAUGGGUCAAGGAAUUCCAUACUUGGUGGCCUCAAUUGCGUAUAGCUGUCCUACACGAGACUGGGAGCUUUCCUGGGAAAAAGAUAAGGCUGAUUGGAGAAAUUGGAAAUGGUCGCGGCGUCCUCAUUACCUCCUACUCCAAUGUGCGCUUAAUGCAAGAAGAAAUACAGAAAUAUCACUGGCACUACAUUAUCUUGGAUGAAGGACACAAGAUUCGCAAUCCCAAUGCAGCUGUCACUCUGGCAUGCAAGCAGUUUCGUACCCCUCAUCGUAUAAUCCUGUCUGGAUCUCCAGUUCAAAACAAUUUGCGGGAACUGUGGUCUUUGUUCGACUUUGUUUUCCCAGGAAAGCUCGGUACGCUGCCUGUUUUUAUGGAGCAAUUCUCUGUACCAAUCACCAUGGGAGGGUACUCAAAUGCAUCUCCUGUGCAGGUGAAAACCUCGUACAAAUGUGCUUGUGUUCUCCGUGACACCAUUAACCCCUAUCUACUAAGACGUAUGAAGGCAGAUGUAAAGAUGAUCCUCUCUCUCCCUGACAAGAAUGAACAGGUUCUGUUCUGUCGUCUGACAGAAGAACAGAGACAGGUGUACCAAACCUUCAUAGACUCAAAGGAGGUAUAUGGGAUACUGAAUGGAGACAUGCAGGUGUUCCCUGGUCUCAUUGCUUUGAGAAAGAUCUGUAAUCACCCAGAUCUGUUCUCUGGAGGCCCUAAGAUUCUGAAGGGGACCAAAGAUGAGGAUCUGGAGGAGGGUGACCAAUUUGGUUACUGGAAGCGCUCAGGAAAAUUGGUAGUAGUGGAGGCACUUCUGAAGAUUUGGCAUCGGCAAGGGCACAGAGUUCUUCUAUUCACCCAGUCACGACAGAUGUUACAGAUCCUGGAAGUAUUUUUAAUGAGUAUGGGUUAUCCUUACGUGAAGAUGGAUGGUACUACAACUGUUGCUUCACGGCAGCCUCUCAUCGCAAGGUAUAAUCAGGACACCUCGAUCUUUGUCUUCCUUCUUACCACCAGAGUUGGAGGGCUGGGUGUCAAUCUGACUGGAGCAAACAGAGUAAUUAUUUAUGAUCCUGACUGGAAUCCAAGCACAGACACCCAAGCUCGGGAGAGGGCAUGGAGAAUUGGCCAAACCAAACAAGUAACUGUAUACAGGCUGCUUACUGCUGGGACCAUAGAAGAAAAGAUUUACCACAGGCAAAUUUUUAAACAAUUCUUAACGAACCGUGUUUUGAAAGACCCAAAACAGAGGCGCUUUUUCAAAUCCAAUGACAUGUACGAGCUGUUCACCUUGAGCAGUCCAGAUGCAAAUCAAGGGACGGAAACCAGUGCUAUCUUCGCAGGAACUUUUUCUGAUGUUAAACUUUCAAAGCAUCCUAAGAAACAUUCAGUAGUAGAUGCGAAUUGUGCAUCUGUAGGAAAUUCACUUAACAUUAAUACACCAGCUGUGCCGUGCAUAUCCUCUCCAUCUGGCAAUGGCACCCUUCCUCCUUACGUUGAUACCUCAGUACAAGAUGCCUUAAAGAUGAACUCUAGUGUAGGAAAAGGUACUGGCACCAACUGGGGAGUUCACAAAGAAAGUGGGCAGACCUCGUCUUCAGCAUCAGAAAGCAGCCAUUGCAAACACAAAGCUAAAACGAAGCACCAGGGCAGAGAAAAGAGGAGAAAGAAAGAUGCCAAGUUUGAGGGAAAGAGGAUUCCCCAUUUAGUGAAGCAAAAGUUAUAUACAAAGGACGUGGAGGAAAGCCGAAAGACAAGUGAUGAUUAUGUUCUUGAGAAGCUAUUUAAAAAGUCUGGUAUUCACAGUGUGAUGAAACAUGAUGUUAUUAUGGAUGCCUCUAACCCAGAUUAUGUGCUGGUUGAAGAAGAAGCAAGUCGAGUGGCCCAGGAAGCUUUGCGAGCUUUAAAAGUCUCCCGUCAGCGUUGCCGUUCCGCCUCCUCCGGGAUCCCAACAUGGACCGGGGCACAUGGUGGUGGUCCUGCAGGAACUAGACGAUUUGGUCAGAAAAAGAAUCCUCUCUUGCUCCGCCCUGAUCCCCCUGAAACGAAGCCCCUCCAGAACAAAUGCAAGGACCACAAGAUCAUUAAGCAGCAAGACCAAUGUAAGACCGAUGCCCCCUCUCAUUUCAGCGGUGAGCUGCAAUCCACAGAUGCAAGUAAUUCUGCAUUGUCCUCAUCCUCUUUGCUUGCUCGUAUGAAGGCAAGAAAUCAUUUACUGCUUCCUCCCAGAGAUAUCAAUGAGACAGGAGCUGGAACUCCCACAGCAGACCCAACUGAGCAUGAUGAGCUACUGACAGAUAUGAGGAAUUUCAUAGCAUUCCAAGCGCAGGAGGAUGGUGAAGCCAGUACACAAGAGGUGCUUCGUGAGUUUGAGAACAAACUAUCUCCCUCACAGUCAUGUGUCUUUCGGGAACUUCUGCGUAGGUUGUGCACCUUUCACAGAAAAAGUAAUGGUGCCGGAGUCUGGAGACUUAAACCUGAAUUCUGCUGAGCUUUCCCCAAUGCAUGGAGAAGUUGGUGUAGUGCUACACGGUAACAGUGUCAAAUAUCAAUGAUCAGAAGAGGAUUUUGAACAUUACAUGACUCCAAGCCAUGUCUGCCUCAAGGCAAACCCAACCCAUGGUUGGAUUAAUUAAUUUAUUUUACAGGGGCUGGGGGUGUCUUUUUAUUCUUUCAUUAUUUUAUAGGAUGAUGUUGGCCAUGCAGCAUUUUAUAAACAGAAGACUACAAAAAGAAAAAGAAACAAUAUUUACAGUAGUGUGAUGUUCUCUAUCAUUCACCAUCAGUGAUGGUUGCAUAGCAUACUCUGGUUUUGUAGCAUCUACUAGCAUUAUUGUUUAAGGGUUCGGUCACACCUCAGUGCUAUUAAUGCACUUAAGUCCGAAACUAUUGCCUAAAUAGUUCAUUAAAAAAUAAGAUAAAUGGUCUCUUAUGUGCUCAUUCCCUCCAUUAAGGUAGAAAUUCAAUUAUCUGCCAAGGUAAGUUCUUGAUGUUGGUUGCUGCAAGGUGCCUAAUAUUAUAGAAGUAUAAGUGAACAAAGCGCAUUGGAACAAGCUUUUUGUAUCCGUUUCUGUAUGUAUAAAUCUCUGCAUACAGGAUUAAUUUGCAAAACUGUCAUUUAAACAUAAAGUAACAGGUUGACGGACUAAGAAAACAAGACAAAUGGCUGGACUACUCUAAUCUACACUUGUGUGAGCAGCCUUAAGGAGAAAUACAAGUAUUGUGACUACUGUUUUUGCUCAUCAGGUAGCUCGGCCUGUUCUUAAACUUGACCCCUUUUACGUUGGUGCACAAUAGGGAAACACUACAGGUUUAUUGAUCCCAUCAAAUGUACUGUACCCCAGUGUAACAUUUUGCCACAUUCUUAAAGUAAUACCUGGUGAUAAUAAUACAAGCCAUGUACCUUGUGAUAUAUCAAAUAAGAUUGUUAACACAAGGUGUCUUAUCUACCUCACUCCCGGUAGAAUAUAGAAUGGUUAUUGAUUCCAUGAGCUUCAUUUUGUAAUGCCAAAUGUACUUUUUUCGUAUGCUGUAAUUUCUACAGUUACAUAAAUAUGAAUGAAAACAGUUGCGAGAAACUUACCUCCUCUAUGCUGCUCUACCAUAUAUACCAAUUUAAGGGGGAGAUUUAUCAAAGCUUGUAUAGAAAUAAAGUACUAACCAAUCCGCCUGUAAAAUAACAGGAGCUGAUUGGUUCGUUCUUUAUCUCUCUCCACUUUAGUUCUCUGCAAGCUUUGGUAAACUAUCCCUCUAAUAUAGAAGAGUAAAGAGACGCUAUAGAGAUUGAUUAUCUUUAGAGAAACAUUGUGAGAUUCCACCUCACCAUCUCUUGUUAAGCAAUGGUUUCAUCAAAAACAGUCUGUAAACAUUGGAAUAUUGCAAUAAACAAUUUGUACUAACA